AUGUUCAAUCUUCGUUACUGGCUUUUUUCAUUGUAUCCCUCUAACUUUUUGUAUCCGCCCAUCGUUUGGCUACUCGUUCCAGUAUGUCUCUACGGUACAGCCAUUUUAGUUGGUUUAUUGGGUGGAAGACAAAUUCCUCUCGUAACCGUUCUCUCCAAUGAAGAUUUAAUUCCUGCCUAUAAAUUCUCUGAAGAGAGAGCAAUGCCUCAUUUGAAAGCAAUUUCUUUUGUACCAAAUCCAGGACAAGAGAAUGUUGGAACGUCUCUAGUGAGAGUGGCUGGUACUGCAUCGUAUUUUAAAGCAAGAGAUUAUAUUUUGAGUCAAGUGAAGAAGGUUUAUGGUUAUCAAUCAUCAACACUUUGUCGAGUCGAAUACGACGUUCAAAAUGUCAAACACUACAGUAACAUUAUCGUACGUGUGAGUCCAAACAACAUGACCAAUCCAGGUGAUUAUUACUCCUUCUUGUUGAGUUCACAUUACGACACGGUUGAAUUCAGUGCUGGUGCUUCGAGUGAUGGUACUGGUGUUGCAGUCAUGUUGGAAUUAUUAGAAAAUGUUGUCAACACUGUCGAUAAUGUCAUUAAAUAUCCAGUCAUCUUCUUCUUUGGUGGAGGUUCAGAAUAUAAUUUCGAAGCAACCAAAGAAUUUAUGAAGAAUCACGAAUGGUCCAAGAAGUGUCUCCGUUUCAUUAAUAUGGAUUCAAGUGGAAGUGGUGGUAAAUCGAUGGUAUUCAGAGUGACUGAUAAUUCAAUUUUGAAUGAAUACAAUGACGCUCCUCAUCCUUACAUUUCAGUCAUUGGAGAAGAAGUGAUGAAAUUGAAGACCAACUAUGACACUGAUUUCACAGUCUUCUCUGACAAGACCUAUCGUAAUCAAACCAACACAUUACCUAAAUACUAUUUAAAGGGAUACGAUUAUGGCUAUUUUUGGGAUGGAUAUUUCUAUGGUACUCAAUAUGACACCUAUGAUCGAAUUUCACGUGGAACUUUACAACAUUUAGGUGACAAUGUCUUGCAUCAAUUAAUGAAAGUUGUCACCGAUGAUAAUAUUAUGAGUGGUACUGUCACCAAUGAUGCAGAAUCUAAUUAUUUGGCUGAUGAAGUCUAUUUUGAUGUUUUGGGUGGAUUCUAUGUUCAUUUUAGUUUCCAAUUGAGUCAAGCCAUUCAAGGUAUCAUUGUAGUGGUUGAUGUGAUCUUACCAAUUGUAUUGAUUAUUGUCGAUCAUAUGAUUUCAUUGCGUUAUCAUGACACAUCCUCUGUUUAUCAAUUAUUCAAGAAGAGUAUUAGUGGUUUACAAGCUCGUUUAUUACUCAUUUUCCUUUAUUUCUGUAGUUAUGGAUUGUCAUUAGGUUUUGGUAUUUUAUUGGCUGCAUUGACUGGUUCGAUUGUGGAUGGUAUCAAUGCCAUGCCAUGGUAUCGUGAUCCUGUAUUGGCUGUCUUUUUAUUUUCCACACCAACUUUAUUGGGAAUGUUUAUCAGUCAAUUUGGUGUUCACUUGAUAAUCAAUGCUGCAAUUUCUUCAUGUGGAUGUUUCAAAAUGUAUCGAAUUAGUUUGAAGAGCAAAUCAGAACUUAAACGUGGUGAAAAUACUGCUGCUCAAACAUUGAUUUAUGCAGCUGAUAAGGAAAGAUAUCUCGCUUUGACUCUCUUUUGGGGAUUGUUGACAGCUGUCAGUUUAAUGACUCAACUCAAAUCAUUUUAUAUUGUUUACUUUUGGUCAUUCUGUUUGAGUGGAAUGCUUGUCUUACUUCUCGUUGUUGACCGUGUGAUUAUGUGGUCCUAUAUGAUUAUUCGUAAUCAAACUCGUGCCAAAGCAUUGGAAGCUGCAGGAGCUGACAUGAGUGAAGAAUUGACUUCUGCAGGAGAUAAUGUCGACAAGAGAAAGAAAUUCUUGGAACUUCGUAGAGCAAAGAAGAAGGAUGAUGAAUUGUCCAAAGAAGAUGAAAAGUAUCUUGGUAAAUUGGCAGCAAAGAGAAAUAUGAGACAUGAAAUUGCUGCAAAAUUGAAGGAAUUUUCUAUUAGAGAUUUCUUCCAUGCUGUUCAUUAUCAUCAAUUGUAUUGGGUGAUUGUCAUGUCUAUUGCUUGUUGGCCUCCAGCAACUGUCACAAUUGAUAUUCUUGAUCGAAUGAUUCAUUUGAUUAUUCCAUUGAUGUCACGUGCUAGCUAUCCAGUGUGUGGUGCAAUGAUUGGAUCUGUCAUUGGUUUAUUGAUUUACUUGUUAACAAUUUCAUACAUGCCAAUUAUGCAUCGUGCUGCUAAUUGGGGUAAAGCAAUGAUUUUGACUGGUAUUGUCAUUGCCAUUGUGGGAAUUACUGCAGUUUCAAUGAGUGGUUUCCAAAAAUACUCUCCAAGAAAGGUCAGAUUUACUCAAGUGAACAAGGUGGGUCCUCUCGAUAAGGAUGAGAUCUCAACAAUUCCUUAUCCAAUGGCUGCCACGAGUACUGCUCCAUUGAAGUUUGAUCAGAGCUCUUCUCUUGCUACAUUUACUAUGGAAUCUUUUGAUGGAAUUGGUAUUACUGGUCUUUUGAAUCGAUUCAAAGGUAAUUAUGGUGCCAAUGGUGGCUUUUUCAGAGAAUAUUGUAAGGAUUCCAAAUGUGAAUUCAUCAUCAGACGCCCAGGUGCAGAAUCCUUUAAAGCAUUGGAAUAUCACUUACAUUUGAAUCAAUUGACCAUUGCAAACUAUGGAACCCAAACUGAGAACGAUGAAACUAUUGCUUCCUUUGAUCUUACUUUGACAUUGAAAGAGGGAAUUACUUUGGCAGAUUACACAGGAUCACUUUCUGGUGACGGCACGCUUCAAAAAUUCCAACUCGCUUCUAGUGAUCCAAAUUACAAUAAUGUGUUGUUCUAUGUUGACGACAGCAAAACCUCCAAGACAAUUCACAAGUUUGGUGCUCCACACACAACCACAACCAUUUCUGCUUCUGUGAGAUACAAGACUGCUUCAACUACCAAACCAACUCUUUCGUUCAAUGUUCAGCUCUAUGAUUGUGACUUGAACGCUUCGGAAGUUGUCAAGAAAUUCAACGACCUCUACGUGAACGGAAUGUACUACGUCACCCCUCUAGGAUCAACAUCCUGUAAACUCGUUACAGAACAAUCCACCAUCAAUAUCCAACUUUAA